AUCAAGCUAAAGAACCAGUAAGCAAAGUGGUUUUUUCCGUAAUUAACAAAAAAAUCGGCGGGUAUUUAAGCGGCAACGCCUAACGAUAAAUAUUCUCUCUCUCCAAACCAAGAAAGAUCCGACCUUUCUGGACGCCCCUCUGCAAAUUCUCUCUGCGGUUGCGUUUCGCCGAGUCGAAAGCAAAACUUUGGCGAUUUUCUCAGUUGGAUUCAAUUUUCCCGAGAAAAUGUCGGGUAAAGGAGCAAAGGGUUUGAUAAUGGGGAAAGGCCCCGCAGCAAUCAACAAGGAUAAAGACAAGGACAAGAAGAAACCCAUCUCUCGUUCCUCUCGUGCUGGCCUUCAGUUCCCUGUUGGUCGAAUUCACCGUCUCUUGAAGACAAGGGUUCAAGCGAAUGGAAGAGUUGGUGCAACAGCUGCUGUGUACUCUGCCGCUAUCUUGGAAUAUCUAACCGCAGAAGUCUUGGAGCUGGCAGGCAAUGCAAGCAAAGAUUUAAAGGUGAAGCGUAUUACACCCAGGCACUUGCAGCUUGCAAUUAGGGGUGAUGAAGAACUCGACACCCUGAUCAAGGGUACAAUAGCCGGUGGUGGCGUGAUCCCUCACAUUCACAAAUCUCUCAUCAACAAGUCCACCAAGGACUAGCAUCCUUGUGGGUUCGCGCUUUUGUCAACUCCUUGUGGAAAAAUGGAACUCCUCUGUACAUUUCGAGAUUCAUUUUGUUCAUUGAUAAUGUCCUUUGCGGAUUGACAGACUGUUCGAUUUGGAACAAUCAGAGAAUGUAUUUUUUCCAUUCUUUUCUUCUGUAGUGGAACCACUCUGAACUGUAAUAGCCAGUGUCCUUAGGUUGAGGUUCUGAGCUUUUGUAAACCGGCUUCAACUUAACUUUUUUCCUAAUGUUUUUUAUGAGGCAUUUCAUCGAGCA